UCAGCGCCGUCCCUUGCGACGUGCGGAGCUUAUUUUCUCAUCCGGGUAAAGUGCAGAGGUUGCACUUGGUUCCACCCCUCCUCCCCUUUACCUCCACCAGCCCCAUUGCGUCGGGUUGGUAGCACCUUGAGGUAAGGUGGUACGAAAGGAAUAACGAGGCAUGUUACCAACGACGACAUAUAGUCCCACCAGUCAAGGGAAUGGUGCGCUAAGUUCCCGGGAUGCUGCACGACAUACUGCCGGAGCCAAGCGGUACAAGUACCUCAGGCGGCUCUUUCGUUUUAGGCAGAUGGAUUUUGAAUUUGCCGUGUGGCAGAUGUUGUACCUAUUUACAUCCCCACAGAUGGUGUACAGAAAUUUUCAUUACAGAAAACAGACUAAGGACCAGUGGGCCAGAGACGACCCUGCCUUCCUGGUUUUGCUCAGUAUCUGGUUAUGUGUGUCUACCAUAGGUUUUGGAUUUGUAUUAGAAAUGGGAUUUUUUGAAACAAUGAAACUUUUGCUGUGGGUUGUCUUCAUUGACUGUGUAGGAGUUGGACUACUGGUCGCAACAUUAAUGUGGUUUAUUACCAACAGAUAUUUGAUGAAGCCUCAAAGUAAAGGCUAUGAUGUGGAAUGGGGAUAUGCAUUUGACAUUCAUCUAAACGCUUUCUAUCCACUUCUUGUGAUCUUGCAUUUUAUUCAACUGUUCUUUAUUAACCAUAUUAUCAUCCAAGAUGGGUUUCUUGGUUACUUUGUUGGUAACAUCUUCUGGCUGGUUGGCAUUGGAUAUUACAUCUAUGUUACUUUUCUUGGAUACAGUGCAUUGCCAUUUCUGAAGAACACAGUUGCCCUACUAUAUCCAUUUGGUCUCCUCAUCAUUUUGUUCUUGCUGUCACUGGGGCUGGGAUGGAAUUUCACCAAAGGAUUGUGCUCAUUCUACAAGUACAGAGUGCAGUAGAAGAUACAAAUAUCUAAUAAAACAUUUGCCGAACAUUAUGUUUGCUUUUGCUGUGUUGAUGAUGUGUAAUGCAGCUUUAACAUUUGUAUAAGUUGUAAAUACGUUCUGUACAUACUGAUACUAAGAUAUCCAGAGACAUUUGAGAGGUAAUUUCACGAGUAGAACUGCUUUGUUUUUAAAUGUUUGCGCAAUUGCGGCAGAACUUGUUCUAUUACAUGAAUGGUUGAACAUUGAACCCAGCAACCAGAUCUGAUUGUAUAUUUUAUAUUUAUCAAACCUUUCAAUCAAGUACAUUCCUUUAACAGCAAUAGUUCUGACAGUUUUUUAAAAAAUCAUACCUUUUUAUUGGGAAGCUUCAAUAAACAUUUCCUUUCUUCUUUCUCUAUUUGAGCUAUUGGGUCUUUGAAUUUAUUUAUAGGUGAGGGGAGAGAGAGUGAGAGGUCCAUCUGGAUAUGACUGGAAGGUGAAAGGAAAGGGGAAAUAAGUUGGCUUUUCAUUUUCAAAUUAUAUAUUUUUCUUGGUCUUCGUUACUGAUCUCCCCUUUCCAGUUGGUUUAAAGCAUAUAAAGCUGAACAAAAACCUCAUGAACUUCUAAACUCUCCACAAAGUGAACCCUGACUGUUGAACACUCCUCCUAUGCAAGCUGUAAAACUGGUUGUUAAUUAUUUUUUUCUUUGCGGGUGAUGGGAAACAAAUGUUCAGGUAUCUGACCGGUUUGCGUGUUAACACUUCUGAAGACCUAACAAAAGUUAUACAUUUUUAACAAAAAUAAAGCAUUGAUGUGAACAAA